UCGUAAGCACUGAGAGCCUUAAAACUGUCCAGGGCUUUUGCUGGCAGAAGCUCUCCCCUAUUGUAGUGGGAUGUGUUCAAAGUGUAAGGUGGGCAAAAAAGGUGGGCUUCCCAUGCUUGAACCCUCCAUCUGGGAAUGUGCUCGAGAUGCCAAGACCGAAAAGGGCGGCAGAGUGGGGCGUGUGAUGGCAAAGACAAACGCAGCUUUGUCGUCCCGAGGCUGCUGCCACCAUGACGCGACAAGACGGUGAAGGUGAUAUUUCAUCCACUGUUGCAGUGCAUCCUCUCCUUACCUGACCUCUGAAAUGGAGCCAUCGGCUUUGAAAAGCCCAGUGUCUAAAAUUAAUAUUCUUCCCCAUCUGACUAAGAAGGCAACAGCUGAGCAACAUGAGCUCAAGGACUAUCUGAGUUUAAACAGGGGCUCAAAGUGGCAUUCGAGAGAGAGGCUACUUCCUCCCGGAGUGGACACUUGUCUCUUCAGAAGACUUACUCUGACCGCAAGGCAAGACCUUUGCCGGGGGCUGAGCAGUCGUUCUGAACUCUGCGAACUCUCCUUUAUCUACUGGAACUUGUGCUCGAGGCUUGGAGUGGUCUGGACCCCAGCAUGUCCUCAUAAAUGUGGAGAGAAGAGUCACGCUGACUGUGUCCUCAUUUACAAAUCAGAGACCGAGGGGGACAGAGACCACACUCCAGACACGGACUUCCUCGGAUUCCCCACCAAGAUGCUAACAGUGAAGAGGCUGGGAAGAAGCAACGCGUGUUACCACGGUGACCAGCUGGAGAAGAUGGCCUUGUUCCAGUGCAUGGAGGAGGUGGAGAAGUGCUUUCUGGAAGAAAGUUCCGGUGAACAAGAUUCGAGAUCUGGAAAGAACCAGGCGAAGGAGCAAGCGUGGUCACUCCCUGGCCUGCAGGAGACAGCACCCGCCGCCGGUGAAAGGACAGCGGCCCCCGCAGCCGACGCCCUGGCACCGCCCGCGCCCUUUGACCACCGCAUCGUGACGGCCAGGCAGGCCGCCAUCAACAGCUUCUACACCGUGAGCAGGACCGAGAUCUUGGGAGGCGGACGCUUCGGCCAAGUUCACAAGUGUGAGGAGAAGGCCACGGGCUUAAAGCUGGCGGCCAAGAUCAUCAAGACCAGGGGCGUGAAGGACAAGGACGAUGUGAAGAACGAGAUCAGUGUCAUGAACCAGCUGGACCACGUGAACCUCAUCCAGCUCUACGACGCCUUCGAGUCUAAGAACGACAUCGUCCUGGUCAUGGAAUACGUGGGCGGUGGUGAGCUCUUCGACCGCAUCAUCGACGACAACUGCAGCCUGACCGAGCUCGACACCAUCCUGUUCAUCAGGCAGAUAUGCGAGGGGAUAAGACACAUGCACCAGAUGUACAUCCUCCACCUGGACCUGAAGCCUGAGAACAUCCUGUGUGUGAAUCGAGACACUAAACAAAUAAAAAUUAUUGACUUUGGAUUGGCCAGAAGGUACAAACCCAGAGAGAAGCUGAAGGUGAACUUCGGAACGCCGGAGUUCCUUGCCCCCGAAGUUGUAAACUACGAUUUUGUCUCCUUCCCCACUGACAUGUGGAGUGUGGGCGUCAUCACCUACAUGCUACUCAGCGGCUUGUCCCCCUUCCUGGGCGAUGACGAUGCCGAAACCCUGAACAACAUCCUGGCCUGCAGGUGGGACCUGGAGGACCAAGAGUUCCAGGACAUCUCGGAGGAGGCCCGGGAGUUCAUCUCCAAGCUUCUCAUUAAGGAGAAGAGCUGGAGAAUCAGUGCUAGUGAGGCUCUCAAGCACCCUUGGCUGGCGGACCACAAGCUCCACUCCAGGCUCAGCACGCAGAAAAGGAAGAAUUGCUGCUCUGAUGCCCAGGACCUGGCGACCAAAUAGUGCCCGGAAAGCGCCCUCUGGAAAGGAAAACUGCUGCGGUUGCUGCUGCCUUGAGAAGAUUUUUGGAAAAAUCAGCAAUUCUGAUGCCUUGACCCCUACGGAGACUGGUGGCUCUGGGUGGUGGGUGGAGGGGGGAGGGUGCCACUCUGAACUCUGAGCACCUCUGCCAGGCUUGGGGGUGGGGGACGCUGAGAGUUGAAGCCCUGGAGGCAGGCAAGCCUGCACCCCACCCCCAACACCCUGUGGCUGGGCACAGCCAAGAAGAUGGUUCCCAGCCAUCCUGAACUUAAAGCUUUCUGUCUUCGUUGCUGGGGCCCAGCGGGCCUCAUCUCUGCUACAUCUCAGAUCACUAGAGUGGUCAUACUGCAGAUUGAGCUGAGGGCUUAAAAUGUGUUGGAAGCAGCAGCAAGCUAUUAUCUACAGGACGGAUAAACGGCAAGGUGCUCCUGCACAGCCCAGGGAACUGCAUUCAGCGUCCCAGGGCAGACCACUGUGUGUGCUCACGCUCGGUCACUCAGUCCUGUCUGACUCUGUGACCCCACGGACUGUAGCCCACUAGGCUCCCCUGUCCAUGAGAUUCUC